AUGGACAAGCAACAAUCAACAAAAAUGCCAAAACCAUUCGAUGAGGAAGCAUCAGCUUCAGGUAUUAACAAUAAUCAACAACAAUUCGUUCUUCGCGAGGAUGAUCGUCUUAAACAAGAAGAAGAUUAUCGUCAGGAAUUGAUGAAAGUUCAAGAUGAAAUCGUAACACUACGUCAAGUUCUUGGUGCUAAAUUGAAACGCGAACACGAAUUGAAAACUUUGUUAGGUGUCGGUUUCGUUGAAGAUUUGAAGCAAGAUUGGAACGAUACUGUUAGUGACAUCAAAUCAACAACAGCUUAUCAAAAAACAGCCGAAACAUUCAGUGCUGCUUCGGAAAAAAUUGCGCCAACUUUACAAACAGUGAAUUCAUCAUUGAAAUCUGGUCUUGGCUCUCUCCGAAAUUCAAGCUAUUUCAAAACAUUCGAAAAUACAGUUGGCUCAACUGUGAAUGCAGUUAAAUCGAAAAUUGUUCCAUCGAAAUCAGCAAUGGAUUUCAAUGGCGACGAUAGUGAGCCUCUUCAUGGUGCUAGUGGAGGAAAUAUCUUUGUAUACAUCGAUAUGAACGAAGUUGAACGAUUGACCGGUAUUUAUCAUGAAACACAAGAAGGCUCACUUUGCGCUCAACAUGCAUUGAAUAAUUUGUUACAACGUGAAUAUUUCUCAGCUAUUACCCUAGCAGAUAUUGCACGUGCUAUCGAUGACCAAGAGAGUAGUGUGCUAGGACAUCGAUCCGGUGAAUCAGAAAACAUGGAUGAUACGGGAUUUUUCAGUAUUCAAGUUCUGCAAAAAGCUUUAGAAGUAUUUGAUAUUGAACUUGUUCCCUAUGCAAGCCAACAUCCUCUGGCUCAACAAGCGCGUGCAGAUCCACAGUCAGUCCAAGCGUAUAUCUGUAAUUUACGUGAACAUUGGUUAACCAUUCGACGUUUUGGCUCACAAUAUUUUGAUUUAAACUCGAUUUCAACCAUGCCUAAACUAGUUUCAAAUACAUAUUUGCAAUUAUAUCUCGCACAAUUACAACAGAGUGGAUAUUCAAUAUUUAUCAUCAAUGGAUUUCUACCGCCAUGCUUUGCGGAUGAAAAACUAUUGAAUAAUACGAUUGAUCCUGCGUAUUAUCGCUCGUUAGUUGAACGUACCGAUGCUGAAAGAAACAGCAAGAACAGAACGUCGUCAUCAACUACGAAAACAUCAUCGUCAUCAUCGGCCGCCUUCAACGACCAAGACAUUCAACGUGCAAUAAAAGCGAGUGUUGAGUUAGAUAAUGCGGAAGACAAAGCAUUGCAAAAGGUUCUUGCUCAAUCAUUACGAGAUGCGGAUGAUGCAGCGAAUAAAAGAUUACUUGAAGAAGCGAUUGCUGCUAGUUUACAAAAUGACUCAAUCGAAACAAAAAAGGAGAAUCCUGCUCCAGAACCUGUUAUCCAAGCAGAACCUACUAUAGAAGAACUUCGACAACGUCGCCUUCAAUUCUAUGAUAAUAAAGACAAAUCAUCAAAAUCAGAUGCAAAACCGUCCGACCCGACUGAAUGA